UGAUAAUGAAAGGAUGGAUAACUUCAUAUUUUGCUGAAUAUGUUUAUCUUUUGUUUUACAGGACGUGGUGUAUUUGCAAAGUCUCCAAUUUGCAAGGGAUAUUUUGUUCUUGAAUAUAGAGGAGAUAUCAUAAAUGAUGCAGAAUCCCAGAGAAGAAAAAGAGUUUACCACGAGUCAUGUGCUGCAUUUAUGUUUGCCUUCAAGUGGAGAGGAAAAAUAUGGUGUAUUGAUGCCUCGAGAGAAGAUGGAUCAUUUGGCCGACUAGUGAAUGAUGAACACAGACAUCCAAACUGUAAGAUGAAAAAGAUUGAAGUAAACGGAAACCCACACCUUUGUUUAUUUGCCCUGAGCGAUAUUAAAGAAGGAGAGGAAAUUACCUGUGACUAUGGAGGUGAAGACUGCCCAUGGAGAACACAAGUGACCAGCAUCACAGCCAGUACCAAGGAGGUGCAUGACAGCCAUUCUUCCCUGCAGUCAAACACUCAGAUGGACAAUGCUCCACUUCAAACGACGACCAGCAGCACAGCCAGUACCAUGGAGGCAUGUAAGGUCUAUUCUUCCCUUAUGGAUGACUCUCCUCUGCCCUGCUCCUGCUCAAACGACCAGCAGCACAGCCAGUACCAUGGAGGUGCAUGACAGCCAUUCUUCCCUGCAGUCAAACACUCAGAUGGACAAUGCUCCACUUCUUGGUCCUGCUGAAAUGAGACCAGCAGCAC